GGUGAUGAGCAGACCAGCCCAAAUCGCGGCAUUUCUAGUGCAGUAGAAGAAGAAUUUUGACGCUUGACUGUUGUGAUGCUCAUAUAGUUUACAAAGCAUGUGAUUAAGGACUUAAAGUGGUGCUUCUCCUUUGCUGGGUACAAUGGCCACGCAGAGAGCGCUCCCGCAGAGCAAAGAGACUCUUCUCCAGAACUACAACAAGAGACUGAAGGACGACAUCCGCUCCAUUAUGGACAAUUUCACCGAGAUCAUCAAAAGUGCCAAGAUCGAGGAUGAGACGCAGGUCUCCAGAGCAACACAAGCGGAACAAGAUCACUACGAGAUGCACGUUCGAGCUGCAAAUAUUGUGCGAGCCGGAGAGUCGCUCAUGAAGCUGGUCUCGGACCUGAAGCAGUUCCUGAUCCUGAACGACUUCCCCUCUGUGAACGACGCCAUCAGCCUCCAGAACCAGCAGCUGCGAGCUCUGCAGGAGGAAUGUGACAAGAAGCUCACGUCUCUCAGGGACGAGAUCGCCAUCGACCUGUAUGAGCUAGAGGAAGAAUAUUACUCCUCAAGGUACAAGUAGGACACUUUGUAGACCCACCACCCCAUACCCUUCUGUCGUCACACAUCCAGUCUCACCUUCCAUCCCCGGUCACUCGAGCAGUUCCAGUGUGAGAGUUGCUGAUGUGGCACGGGGGGUUGACGGGAGUCCAAGUGCCUUACGUCAAAACAGGGUUUUAGUUCGUAGUUUUACUUUAAUAUCAAUAAAUAUGUUAGGGAAGUAACAUAAAAGUUACAAAGUAACUUUUGCAUUUUAAAAAUAUUUAGAUAUAAAACUGUUUUUUAAUCAUAGUUAACAACGCUGUGUUCUAUAUGCUCAAGUUUCUCUCACUUUUCGAAACUAGCCAGGUGCUGUGUCAAGGUUAGUUUAUUGGGAGGAGUAUUCCUCCUCCACUAAAGCAGCGCUGACUGAGAUUACCUUUAGAGGCUGCUGCCACUGAUAGUGACAGCUCUGAUAGUGAACUCUGGCUUGGUAAACGCAGCGUCAUCUCUGCCACAAAUAUUAUUGAAUUGAUUUCCAGGAUAAUUUAUGUGGCAAUGAUAAUGGUCAUUUGAAUCUUAUGAUGUCACAGUGGACUGACAAUAUUUAUUUUCUUAAAAAUGAAUGUUUUUAUCGACUGCUAUAUUUGGUCGUCCUCAGUUUGUCCCGAUAAAUGAGCCUCGGGGGGGUUGAAUGGUAAAAUGAUUCACAUCCAUCGUCAUAGUUUUUGUGGCUCAUUACGUGUGUAUUGGUGCUGGAAUCUGAUGUGCAGCUGUUUCAUGAGAUUAAAUAUGAAAUUUAAAUAAAGUAGAAACCUGGACAGUAGUUGGUCUGGUGCAGUUUGGAGCAUGUGCAGUGUGGCCUUCAUCACUCUCUGCUAUCGCUCUGCUUUCCAUCAGUUGCUAAUCUCACUGAAAAGUCGUUUUAAUGAGCUUGGUCCGUGCGCUGGUGCUGGUGUGUGUGUGUGUGCGCACAUGUGUCGCUGCGCUGCUUCUGCUGUGCAUCAUCC